GGGUUAGCUCCUUGCUCGCUGCACUCUAAUUCGAUUUUGAUUGAGCUGCCUUAUCGCAGCUGUGCACUCGUCCCCCAGAACCAGGAGUUGGGGAGUUGGGAAGAUGGGAAGAUGGGGAGUUGGUCCUCCCCAUCCGAAUGCCGACGUCACGAGUGCUGCCCUCCAUCCCAUUUGCGCCCUCUGCAAAGCAUAGAAACGUUGUACCCAAUGUGAAUGUGACGUCACGCACUUGGCAAUUUCAUUCAUGAUUGGAAGAUUGGAGCAGGCGGCGCGCAUUAGGCUCACUCGAACGGAUAGAAAGGAUUGGCGUCUGCGCCACUUCUUGGUGGCUUCUUGCCCGCGGAACGACGUGGUGGUGCAGUGGUGCACAUGUGCGAUAAGCGGAAUCCAAUCAAUCAGUGCCCCAAAUUGCUGGCCGGAAGUGUCGGCGUGGGCGUGCUCAUGGGCCAGUGGGAUCCAGGCUCCAGAGCUCCGCUAUAAAAGUGGCGACAAGCCUCAAGCCGAAUCAUUCCAGUUGCGCAGCCUGCUGGUGGAACAGCAGCGGAUCCAGAUCUUUCUUGUGCACCCCACGACCAGCAGAGAUGAAGCUCCGGCUCAGCGUCCUCCUCCUCCUGCUCCAGCUUGGCUGUCUGACCUUGGCGUUGGCCAGUAGCAGGCUCACCUGCGGCAGUGCCACCUGCGACGGCCGCCGCUUGGAUGUCCAUCGUCGCCUGGACGACUACGACGAGCACCUGGUCUACAGACAGGACGCGGACCGGACUGAGAGUAGAGCCAUUGAGGAGUCUGUUGCCCGGGAGGAUCGCGAAACAGAGACUCGCGAGGAUUCGCGGGUCCGUUUGAGCUCAGAGAGGCGAGAGGAUCCACGUGAAGCUCGGGAAGAGCGAUCAGAGCCACGAGAAGCCCGCCACGAGCGAGAGGAUCGACGAGAGGACCCACGCCAAUCUCUUGAGCGAGAAGAGCGACGAGAGGUUCGUGCUCGCAGCACUCCCCGUCAGGAGAGAGUGGAGCGAAGCGAAGAACGAGAGCGGAGAGUGCGGGAGACAACUAACGAGAAUCGCGACGAACGCCGAGAAGAACGUGUAAUCUCCAGCCGCCAGGAUCGAGGCCGCCGUGUCGACUCGCUGGAGAAUCGUCGAGAGGACAGAGUAGGCGUGGCAGAGGAGCGAGCAGAGCGUGAUUUUAGGUCUGAGCAGAGAAUGGAGCGAGACGACCGUCGCGCAGAGCGAGUGCAAGAGCGGAGAGUUGAGCAACCAGAAGAGGGACGAGUGGAAAGGGACUCCUUGACCGCACGUAGCGAUCUGCGCAGGGAGGAGCUGAAAUUGUCCCGCCGCGAGGAAAGCCGCAGGGAGGAAGAUCUCGACAGGCACAACAUGCGACGACAGGAGGAAAGGGAACUUCAGCGCGAGGAACGACGAAGCAUUCGUUCUGUGGAGCGAGAAAACCAGCGGACUGUUGAAGAGAGAAGUGGCGAUGUCAGGCGAUCAGAGAUCCGCAGAGAUGAACGAAGAGAGUAUCGUGAAGAAGACCGAAGGGAGAGUAGGCGAGCCGAAGGGGAAAGGGAGCGGGAAAAUCUGAGGAGAGAGGAACGAGAGGAAGGAAGAGAAUAUCGCGAAGCGCAGAGGGAAAAUGAACGCGAAGAUCUGCGCAGGAGCGAGCGACGAGAGGAAAGAGAUGACGACCGCCGUGUGGAUAAUCUGCAAAGUGAACGAGAGGAACGAGCUAACGAUCGUCGAGUUCAGCGAGUGGGUUCCCGGAGAGAAGCAGAAGCAGGCCACCAAAGGGAGAACCUUCGCCGGGAGGAACGGGAAAACCACCGCGAUAAUUUGCGGAGGGAGGAGCGGCGAGUGGAGCGGCGAGUUGAGCGGCGGGAGGAACGAGAGGAUCAACGAGCAGCUCGCAUCCCUCUUGGACGAGUGGCUCGUGAGCGCUCGGAGGAGCGAGCUUCCUUGAGCACCCAGAUGAGCGCAAAGGGAUGGUCGGGCUACGGAAAGCGGGAGCUGCUGAUGGCUGCCCAGAUCCUCCUCCUCGGCGCUCUGUACAAGAAGUCCACGGCCAGCGGCAAGGGACUCGGACACGCCUUGAACAACCAGAUCCAGGGCUACUUGCAGGCCAUCGGAUGCUAAUGUGAGCGAGGACCAGAGGACCCAGAAUAGGCGAACGGACCGAACCGAACCGAACCGAGCAGAAGGAUGGAGUGGAGGCUCCUCCGGAGCAUUACGAUUUAUCCCAGCUGUUACUGUAACCAAUACCCAUACCCUACUGUUAUACCCACGAAAGCAUAACGAAAAUAUACGAGGGAUGCCCGGGUAGACGGGCAUCCGAAACUGCA